CUAUAUGAAGUGUACUUCCAGCUGCCGAUGGAUAACACAAAAGCCUCAUUUACGGGGUUUCAUCGGCUUCUACGUAAAACAUGAAGCUUGACAAUAUCGAAGUGAUUUCCAAAGAGAUGGUGAAGCCAUCAUCUCCGACCGCCGGCCAACCUCACCACUACCGGUUGUCGUUCCUCGAUCAAUUAAAUCCCUCACUCUUUAACCAUUUGGUCUAUUUCUAUCCCAGAGUAUGCGAUAUCGAUACCAAUAAAAUCAAGAUUACCGAUCGGCUAAAGCACUCCAUUUCAGACGCUCUUGUCUAUUUCUACCCACUGGCUGGUCGGAUGAUGGAGGACCAACUGUCCGUCGAUUGUAAUGAUGAAGGGAUACCUUUUGUGGAAGCUCGAGUGAAGUGCAAACUCUCAGAUGUUCUGAACGAUCCAGUUCCCAAAGAACUCAACAAGUUGCUUCCUUUCGGAAUCCAUGGCGUCAAAGAACUUCUCCUCGGAAUCCAAUUCAAUGUUUUCGACUGUGGUGGGAUAGGGAUCGGUGUGUGUGUUUCUCACAAAAUCGGAGACGCCCUCUCGUUCUUCUCGUUUGUGAAAACGUGGGCGGCCAUUGCUCGAGGGGAGACGAAAUUCAACGCACCGAACUUCGAAUCGGCCUUGCUUUUCCCACCACGAGAACUUCCGGGAUUCUCACCGACAAUCAGUCAAUUGGAAAAGGACCAACUUGUAACCAAGAGAUUUGUGUUUGGAGCCACCAAAGUGGAGGAAAUCAGAAGGAAAUAUGCAGAGAAUAGUAACCAGAUACGCCCAACUCGCGUUGAGGCCUUAUCAGUGUUCAUAUGGGAACGUUUGUUUACUGCCGUCGGUGCAAAAUCAACGUCCGAUAAGCUCUUCUUUAUUACUCACAUGGUAAACAUACGUCCAAGGAUGGAACCCCCGUUGCCCGAAUCUUCAUACGGAAACCUACACAGCGUUGCACUGACAUUCCCAUCCAUGGAGAACAACAUCGCCUCCCAGAUGAGGGACUCCAUUAAAGCAGUGAACAGUGAGUACGUGAAGAAGCUCCAAGAUGGGUAUAAUCACUUUGAAAGAUUCAGAGAGAUCGCAGAAACUUAUGGGAAAGACGAGAUUGUUCCCUUUGGUGUGACCAGUUUAUGCAGGUUUCCUCUAUACGAAGCUGAUUUCGGUUGGGGGAAACCAGUUUGGGUGGCUUCCGGUGAUCGACAAAUCAAGAACACAGCAGUUUUCUUGGACACCAAAACUGGUGAUGGAAUAGAGGCUUGGGUUACCCUACACCAUGAAGAGAUGGCGAAACUUGAUUCCGAUGAGGAAUUGCUUGCUUACGUUGAUGCUAAAAAAAUCUUGUAAUUAACUACUUCUUGCAUGUAUGUGUUUGUUUGAUUGUGUCAAAGCUUUAGACUGUGUGCUGCACUUCUUUGUGUUUGCUGAAGCAUGGCUUUCACUUCAGGUUUGCAUGUAUCUAUCAUUUUCAGCUGUUCAUGAAUUAAUGUUUAUAGCUAUGGUGAUUAUAAGUGAA